AUGUCCUCUGUGAGGCUGAGCUGGUUGGGGGCUCAUGGUAGGGCGCUGUGGUCCUCCAGGUUCCUCGCCGGGGACGAGGAGAGCCAGGCGUUCGCUCACAGGGAUGAGCUGAGUAAGUCGUAUGGGGAGGCUCACGCGGGCGAGCCAGGGAAGGAACCCUGCGGCUCCAGUCCCGAGACCAGCGAGGAUCUACAGGCGGAGGGCUUCCACAGGGGGUCACCUGAGGGCACCUGCCCCAAAAUCACCACCUGGGAGGCAGGAUGGAAUGUCACCAAUGCCAUCCAGGGUAUAUUCGUUUUGGGUCUGCCAUACGCACUGCUGCAGAGCGGUUACCUGGGAUUCCUCUUAUUGGUCCUGGCGGCGGUCAUCUGCAGCUACACGGGCAAGAUCCUGAUCGCCUGCCUGUACGAGGAGGAUGAGUCUGGGCAGCUGGUGCGUGUUCGUGACACCUACGAGGACAUCGCCAACGCCUGCUGCCGCCACGUGUGCCCGCGCCUGGGCGGUCGGGUGGUGCACGUGGCCCAGGUGGUGGAGCUGAUGAUGACGUGCAUCCUCUACCUGGUGGUCAGCAGCAACCUGAUGUGUCACAGCUUCUCCUUCCUCCCGCUGUCGCCCGGCGCCUGGUCGGCGGUGACCUUCCUGUCGCUGGUGCCGUGCAUGCUGAUCCGGGACCUGCGCGUGGUGUCUCGCCUCAGCCUGCUCUGCUCGCUGGCCCAGUUCCUCAUCACGUUCGUGACGGUGGGCUUCUGUCUGCAGCAGGCGCACCGCUGGUCCUGGCGGCGCAUGAGCCUGUGGGUGGACGCCGAGAAGUUCCUGGUGUCCGUCGGCGUGAUCAUCUUCAGCUACACGUCGCAGAUCUUCCUGCCAACACUGGAGGGCAGCAUGGAGGAGCGUGGCGACUUCGCCGACAUGCUCACCUGGACGCACGCGCUGGCCUGCGUCCUCAAGACGCUCUUCUCCGUGCUGGCCUUCCUGACGUGGGGCGAGGAGACCAAGGAGGUCAUCACCGACAACCUGCCCGAUGGCCUGCGCCUGAUGGUCAACCUCUGCCUCCUGGCCAAGGCCCUGCUCUCCUACCCUCUGCCCUUCUACGCCGCCUCAGAGGUCCUCCAGGGUUGCAUGCUGAACAAGGAAAAUGGUGCGGCUCCGGAGGCGGCCAUUUUGGCUCUGCGGGCCGGGUUGCUCAUGCUCACCUUCUUAAUGGCCAUGUACGUGCCCCACUUCUCCCUGCUCAUGGGACUGACGGGGAGCGUCACCGGGGCAGCCAUGACUUUCCUCCUGCCCUCGCUCUUUCACCUCCAGCUUAAGUGGACCACGCUGGACGGCAGACUGAAAGCUAUCAAUUUUCUGAUUCUGGUGCUGGGAUCGCUGUGCAGUUUAUCAGGGGUAAUUUGUUCAAUUAAGGGGAUGAUUGAGGCUUUCGAGAGCAAAUAGAGCAUUAAGCUGCGUGGAAAAUUGUCCCCCUGG